AUGCUGUGCAGAUCCAACUUCCAUGGGCUGGGAUCCGUCCAUGGCCCCUGGGUGCAGAGACGGAGGCCGCCCGGUGGCCCUGCGGCAGGAUGGCACCUGCCCGGGGCGUCAGCGGCCCUGGCUGCGGGCGGGUGCCUCCUGCGCCGUGCUGACCGUGCUGACCGCGGGAAGCGCCGGGCGGUGCCGCUGGCGGAACUGCUGGGGCCGGAACUGGCGGCUGAUUGGUCAGGAUCGCUGGAGGUUGAAGGGAUGCAAGUGGUAGCGGCAGAUCUUAUGGAUUUGGAGCGCUGUAUGGGACUCGUGGCGCCCGUUUUCAAUGUGAAGAUGGAUGACCCUGGCGAAGUCGAGAGCGUGAAAAAGGGCAUCGCGGGUCGCCUGGGCGCCCGGCGCAGCUUGGUGGGCCGCGACGCGGCCUCGCCCCGUCCGCGGCUGGCGCGGCCGGCGCCGCAUGGCUCCACGGAGCGGCCGGAGCUGGGGCUGGUGAUCGCCCUGCAACGAAACGCCGACUUCGUGGCGCUGGUGGAUCUGUCGUUGUGGCCGGAUGAUGGCAGAGUGAGGGCACCAGGGGCGACCAGCAAACCUGGGGUGCCAUGUAAGCCGUACAUUUUGAAUCUCUGUGUGGAGCCGGAUUUUCGACGUCAGGGGCUGGCCAGGCGUUUGAUGAAGGUCAGUGAACGGCUGAUUCGAGAUGUUUGGGGCGAUACGGAGAUCUAUCUGCAUGUGGAGGAUGAUCAGGUGGCGGCCAACUAUUUGUACGAGAAGAUUGGAUAUGUGCCAUUGAAGUAUACGUACGACAAAGAAUGUCCUUACACCAAGGCAGAAGCCAAAGUUCUUCGCACCGUGACCUGGCGACGAAAAUUCCUGGAUGCUGCCGCUGAGGGAAGCCCUGCGCGAUCUGGCACCCUUUUGCCCGAGGCGCUGGAAAAAGACGAACCUGUGGAGAGCUUGGAUGAUGAUGAAGAUGAGGAAGACGAAGAUGAAGAUGAGGAAGAAGAGGAAGACGAGGAAGAGGUGAUUGGUGCGAUUCUGCUGUGGGUCCUCACCAUUGUUUGCGUGGUGAUCACCACAGGCAGUGUUGUGGCGGUGAAGGAGUGCAGGGACUACUGCGGUCUUGGCUGUGUGGCCCACGGUUUUCCAGUUGCCUGUGAUGGCAAGGCUGAGGGGUGUUUCGUUGACUGCGACCGGGGCUUUGAGGAAUUUGACAAGGAGGAGGAGCUGGGGAUGGUCGGUGGCGAUAGGGAGAAAUUGGGGAUCAGCAACAGAAAGGAGUGUAUCGCGAGUGAAAAGUGCGAGGACGCUGCCAAAGACGAGCAGCGGAUCGCAGAGGCCUGUGAGAAGCAACAGGCCUGCGAUGAGAAAGGCUUCCUGGGCACUGGCCCUCGAUUCGUCUUGAUGCUGGCCAUUGUUUCCAUUUUGCCUGUGGCAUCGACCCUCUGCAUGGGCUUAUACAAGGAGGCCUUUCGCUGGGACGACUCGGUGUGGGAGAAGCUGAAUUUCUACGACGGUUUCGGCAGAGUGGUGCUGGUUAUAGGCGCCUGCCUGACCAUCUAUGUGUCUUACCUACUACUGGAGACUUACAUCAAUGGCAGACGGAAGGGAGCCGGGUUCAUUGGUGCAGUGGUGAGUCUCUUCGCGUUGAUGGUGAACUGUGGGGCAUGCUUCCUACUGGCGCUAGCGAGGUGCAACAGUUUGAAAGAGAAUGGAAGUUGCUGGGAGAUUGUUGACUUGAUCCUGGUUUGUUGCAAAUUCGGUUGCUUUAUAAGUCUCUUGCACCAACACUUCGGCUUCAAGUUGUUGAAGGGGCUGGUAGAACGGACUCCAGUGAGCAUCUCCCUUGUCACAGGUGGUGUAUGUCCAAAAAUGGCUAUUCUCGAUUGGCGCGAUGAACACAGUGUCUUCAACAUCUUCAACACAGGGUUGUGGAUGCAAAGCAUGACGUUUCUGAUAAGAGCCGGAUGA